UAUAUCCUUUCCUUCAAUCAGACUGCUAUUUCGUACGCAGCAACCUUAUUCAUCGGAGCGGUUUACCUUGUUUUGCAAUUGAUUAAAAAUCGCGAGAACAACGUCAAAGUUGUCACUCUGAGUCUCCCACUAAAACUACAUCCGACUUCCUAGCCGAGUCGGAUGUUCUCGGCGCAGAUGCGGCUUUCUGGAAGGGAUCUGCCGGGGACGGCGGCUAGCGAGGACGUCGAUCACCAGUACGCGAGAUGUCAUCGACUGGGUAGGAUAUCUCGCCAUCAGGUGUGUCCUGGUGUCCUUUAUUGCGCAUCUCUCUCUCUUUUUCUUUUCCUUUCUCUCGGAAAAUCUCACUGGAAGAUUCGUGAAUUCCCGCGCGAAAUUUCCACCGCGCGAGAGGGUUGUCGGGGGCGUCGCGCCGAGUGUCAAAUGGGGAAAAAUCGUCGAAAGUGACGACUACAUAUGUGCAUAUGUGUGUGUGUGCGUGCUGGAUAGAGAUAGAAUAAAAGAGAAAAAGAGAGAAAGGGGAUGAAGACGAAUUCUCCUCGUGUAUAGAUAUUUUCGGGAGGAACAACAUGAUGAGCCGGAAACGUGUCUCGCCUGAUAAUGCGCCAGCAAACGCGAAAGCAUCGAAAGACGACAAGGCGUGCGGGAUGAAGGUUUAAACGUCGUUGGCGCGGCCGUGAAUCGCCCCAUGGUUCUCCGAAACGCCUGCAGCACAGGGUGGCCUGCGUUUUUAUUGACGAGAAGGGAGAAACUCCAACGAACGCCAUCAACCUCUUCUCCCCCUUGCCAGACGAAUCGAUAAACCGCUGCUGCGAGAUAUCGCGGCGGCGGCGUUGGCGGCAGCGGCGGCGAAGACGACUUUCCGAAGUACCAAGGCGAGACGGAAAAGCCGUCGGUUUCGCAGCGAUUCUCGCGGAGCAACGACCGGUCGGGAUGGUAGUGACGUGCUGGGUCAUCGUCGGGGUGCUCGCCACCGUUGUGCUGCUCUACGGCCUCGUCGAGCUGCACUACUUCCUGCGCAUGUUCCUCACCGUCUUCCUAGCGCGCUACUGCAAGAAGAGGGUGAACAUCCUCGACGAAACAGUGAUCUAUGCGGUCUGCACCACUACUGACUUGGACGCUCUUCUAUAUCACAUGAACAACGCGAGGUACCUUCGUGAACUCGACUUCGCGAGGGUGGAUUUUUACGAGAGAACAGAUCUGUAUCGAGAGGUUUGCUCUCAAGGAUCAGGCGUGGUGCAAGGAGCCACUACUAUUCGCUACAGGCGAUUCAUCAAACCGUUAAUGUUUUUCAAGAUAACGUCCAAGAUUAUUUAUUGGGACGAAAGGAGUUUUUUCAUGGAGCAUCGAUUUAUUACGCCUAACGACGGAUUCGUGCGAGCCAUCGCGAUUUGCAGACAGAAACUGCUCGAUUGUAGUGCCGAUACUGUUAUUGGCGCUCUAAUAAAUCGUAGAGUGAAGCAAAAUGAAAAUGUCGAGGCAAGUGUAACGCAGGCGCCUCCUGUGCGACCGGAGAUGCCGCCGGAAGUGAGUAGGUGGAUUGAGAGCAACGAGAUAUCCUCAGCGAUAUUGAGGCAAGUACCGAUCACGACGACGUCAGCGACGAUGGCAACGACGGCGACGACGACGUCGACGUCGAUGACAACGUAUUGCUGACAAAAGGACAUCGCGAUGUCCAGUAACGGCGUCGCUGUGGCACCAAUAUACGCGACUACGACUGUGUAACGUCUGCCGAGAGACGCGAUAUUCAUGACUUACAUUUAUAAUCUCUGAGCGAUGGAUGAUGUGUCCAUCAACAAAAUUCUAGAAAGAGAUCGAGUGAUCUUAUUCAGUUGUCUCCUUGUGAGAAGAUUUGGAUAAUUUUGGCGAUGCAAUACGAGAAUUUAUAUAUAAGAUAUUGAAAACGAUAAUAGAUACCAAAGGUCAAAAAUGUAUUUAGAAAAAUAGUAUUUAAAAUAUGAAUAUUUUAAAUUAAUUAAUAAUUAUACUUGUUUUUGAAGUUUGUCAAAAGAAAUAUAUACUGCUUAUUUCAUUACGUAAUUAUUUCAUUUAUAAAAAUUCUAAUUUAACUUAAAAAAGAGAAGCAUAGCGUGAAAGAAGUAUAUUUAUUCGAAAAUUUUAUAUUUUUUUUGUACAGGUUGUAUUGCUCUUACAUAUACAUUUGCGCGUUUUUUUUUUUUUAUAAAAUUUACAUCCCAAGUGAGUAUUCCACUAAGGCCUACAGAAGUCGUAUACAACUACGUGCGCCUACCAGCGAAAUGUACAGGCAACCCGUACUGACAUGCGUAUAAGUGUGACAUUGUAUACAUAAUGUGUCUGAUGAUAAACAUCAUAUAAAAUUAUCAUGUACGUGUAGAUGAGGUCAAAUUAAACACAAAAUUUCUUUAUCAUUUUACCAAUGAAUACAUGAAAUUUUGAGUUAUUAGUUAAAAAAGAUUGACGAAUGAUCACGCACAAUGCAGUAGAUGAACUGUGAUGGCGACCUUUGCCGUCGUGUAUCAUCCCAGAUAACAUGCAUGUCUAAAAGAUAUCUUUACGACAUCUUUUAGAUAUGCAUGUUAUCUGGGAUGUGGCAAAUAACCACGUAGAUUUUCAUUUAUUAAUUCAAGAAGAUCGGUGAAUAAUUGUACGCAAUUGUUUAUUAAUUUUUUUCAAUUUCUAACUAAAAAUCUAGGUCUUGGAUCAUGUAUUUGUAUAAAAAAUUUUAUGGUAUGCCGUACGCUACAACACGAUUGUGAUCAAUCGUUUCUCAUAAGAGAGUAUAUAGAUAUUCUUCGUAUAUCAUAUCAAACUUAUAAGACUAAAUUUUACAUCUUAUAUUUUUGCUCCGACUUUUGUCAUAAUAGUAACGUUUGUCCAAACCCGUCAAUUAUGCUUGAAACGCUGCAAACUUUAUUGGGAAAACAACGCGCGACUCAUUCGAUCAAUAGUAAUGAUGACAUACAUAUGCCGUUAUUAUCUACUAGAUAUGUGCGAACUAUUCGAAUUCGAAUCGAAUCCAGUGAAAUUCGAUUCGAUUCAAAUU